CAAUCCUCACUCGGAGCAGAAGGCCCACCGAAUAGCGCGCAGUCCUGCGCUCGCCGCACUGCACGGGUCGUUCCACUUACGCCGUGUUUGCCCGGUGGCUCUUACCUGAAGCUCGUUUCGCUGAAAUUCGCUCACUGUCGCACGCGUCGUCCACCUGUCUCGUUCGGUCAUCCUGAGCAAGUCAAAUCCAUGGCUGGCGAUAACAGCGAGAACAGCGGCGGCAGCAGCGGCGGCGGCGGCGGCGGCGGCGGCGCAAGCGGCGGUGUGUUUCAGCUGGUGGAGUCGACUGUCGCGGAGCAGAAGGUCUUUAAUCGCCUACCCUUUCCGCUCGUCCUCACGCCGCUCACGCUCCCCAGCCCCGCCAGCUCUUCCGCACCCUCCGCACCCUUCGCACCUUCCGCGCCCUCCCCUGGCACAUCCCCUUCCGCCGAUGGCCCCAACGCAAGCACCAGCGCCGCUUCCCCUUCAUCUCUCCCCCGGCCCGUACCCCUCGCCUCGUCAGCAUCCCCCUCGUCCGACGUGGCGUCUCCUCACGUCAGCCACGUCGUAGAGUGGAUCCGCGCGAACCGCGAAUGGCUGAUGGACACGUGGCAGCUGCACGGCGCGGUGCUGCUGCGCGGUCUGCCCCUCGAGUCGCCGUGUGACUUUAACGAGGUCGUGGAGGCCUUUGGUUUGGACGAGCUGCCUUACGUGGGCGGCGCGGCGCCGAGAACGAAGGUGGCGCCACGAGUGUUCACUGCUAACGAGUCGCCUCCGGAUCAGAAGAUCCCCUUCCACCAUGAGAUGGCGCAGGUGCCGGAGUACCCCUCCCGCCUCUUCUUCUUCUGCCAAGUGCCGCCAGCCACUGGGGGGGAGACCCCCAUCCUGCCCUCCUGCGAGCUGACCAAGCGCCUGGCGCAGAGGCACCCCUCGUUCGUGGCACAGCUGAGGGCCAAGGGGCUGCGCUACGUGCGGGUGUUGCCAGAGGUGGAUGACCCAUCCAGUGCUAUUGGAAGGGGAUGGAUGUCGACGUUCCUCACUGAAGACAAGCAGGAGGCGGAGGAAAAGGCGGCUAAGCUUGGAGUGAAGCUAGAGUGGCAGGCGGAUGGCAGCGUUCGGACUGUCUCCGGCCCUAUCCCCGCCCUUAGGGUGGACACCAGACCUCUACCAUCUCUCACACAACACACGCUCACCAAGACAAAGACGGGAGGGGAUGACAGCAGUGGUCAGGCUCGGAAUGAGGUCCGGGAUGACUCUCAGGUUGGGAAAGAGGUUUGGGAGGAUGAUGUUCGGGAGGCGUGGUUCAACAGCAUGGUAGCGGCAUACACGGGUUGGAAGGACGUGCGUAACGAUCCCACCAAGGCGGUAACAUUCGGUGACGGGGAGGCGUUACCGGGGGAGGCGGUUUUGGCGGUGGAGGAGGAGAUGGAGAGGCUGGCAGUGGCUGUGCCAUGGCAAUGUGGCGACGUGCUAUUGGUGGACAACCUCACUGCUCAGCACUCCCGGCGGUCGUUCGAGCCUCCUAGGCGAAUCCUGGCUUCGCUGGCCAAGUGAUCCUCCCCCCUUAUCCUUGCCUGCUUUCAUGUUGUACAUAUGUUUUUUUUUCUGAUGCUAGUAUUGGUGGAAAACCUUAAUGAGCUUUCAAUGAGUCAGUGUGCAAUCAUUCUAACCACCUAGCCGAAGCCUGUCAUCGCUAGCUAACCAAGGGAUUUCUCCGUU